AGCAGUGCACAACUCACUCCGUAAAGAUCACAACCAUUUUGCCACGCUCUUUUGGACAAACAUUUCGCUACAGAAGCCUCCGAAAUGGCAGAAGACAAUAAUAAUUUUGUUAUCUAUGUCAAGUCCUCAGCCCGUGACUGCAACUCUCUUGGAGCCGAUAUAAUAACUCAUCGAUUGAUGAUGAUGUUGGCUUUGAAAGACCUCGAAAUUUCUGCCAAAGUAGUKCCUAUAGAUAUUCAGAAGAAGACGAAUGUUAAUCUUGAUUUUCCGUACAAGAAAUUCCCGACUGUUUGCCUGGAGUGUGACGGAAAGUAUGUAGACAAAGACGAACCAACUGAGAUUGAAGAUGCGUUCGAGAAGACUUUCUCACCAGCGCUCAAGGUCGAAAGCAAAGACAUCAACACCUUCAUAAACGUUGGUGCGGGCAACACAGCUUACCAAAAAUUCAUCUACUUCAUCAAAAACAGAGAUGCAGCAAGCGAUGAAACGCUCAAAGGACAUCUGCUUACAGAACUUCGGAAAGUGAACAGUUUUCUCUUGUCGGAGAAAAUGCCACGAAAUGAAAAUGGCGAGCGUCAGUUUCUCGGCGGCUCAAAGCCUAUGAUUCCAGAUUGUUACCUGCUCCCAAAGCUCCAUUAUCUCUUCGUCGCAUGUACAUACGUGAAAAAGUGCGACUUUGAGGGCUUGCAAGCCAUUGAAGACUAUCUUCAGUCAGGUCGAGCUCAUCCAGCAUUCAAUACCACAUGUCCCGCGACCGAAGACAUUGUAGAUUUCUUUUGCAGAGCAGCAAGCAUGAACGAAAAGCGAAUCAACGAAAUUUUACGCGAAGUCAGGAAACAGGAGAGAGAACAAGAAAAAGCYCAAGAAAAAGAAGAAGAACAUAGUGAACAAUGAGGCAGGGUAUGAUUUAUAUUAYAUGGAUGAUCAAUCGAGUGAAAAUUGUAAAGUAGUUUGUUACACUUCUUGAAAUGUACACGUGUACACAAUAUUGAUAAAUUUCCCUUGGAUAAUUGCGUCUGUUUUUUGAAUACUUUUGAAGCUUUUGAAGACAUUAAAAUUGUCCCUUAACUCCAAAAAUGUUCUAAACUAAAAGCUUAGCAUUUGUAAUUAAUCGCUCUCACAGAUAUAAUCUAAAAUUCAUUAUAAAAUAAUUAUAUUUCGGCGUARAAAAUUCACAAUUUUCUUUGCUAUAAGACUACGUUUAUAUUUUAAGCCACUGCAAAAGGACUCUAGGAUAAAUUAAAAGCAACUUAAUUGCCAUAGGUUACUAAAAUAGUUUUGUAAUUAAGUCGAAGUAUGUCAAGUGUAUCAGUUCAGCAAUGUUCUGUAUGYAAAAGCGUUAAUUACUUGGUCUAAUAUAGUUUAGAAGCUGUAAGCUAUAAUCAAUGUUGCAUGACCAAUGAAUUGCAAGAAACAUGUAUUUGGAAAAAAAAGCUCAUUACAUAGCUUGUUUGACCUUUGAUCACAUCUUUUGCAUUCUUAUGAAACUUAAUGGAGCAAAAAUUUUCAAGUGAGUUAUUGGGCAUCAAAUUGUAUGGUCUACGAAAUGUUUUUCUGAGCAUGAAAUACAUGGCCCUUUCAGCA